AUGUGCAACGACAGUAUUACGGCCUCGGAGAACGAUUUUACUCCCCAGCAAUACAAAUGUAAAAUAAAACCACAAAUUGACAACUUACUUUAUAUAGUUUUGAAGGUCUCCGUAUCGAGCCGGUGCCGCCUGUUCUUAUUGCAGUUGUUAAAGCCGUUUCCUUCGAUCCACGUUAGCGCACAGCGAAUUAUAAUAAAAAUAAAUUGA